AUGGGAGCAUCAAAAUACUGCUAUAUUGGAGGAUUUGAUGCAACAAGCAGGAAGACCCUUGAUGAGAUUAAAGACAAAUCACUUCGUAAAAAAGUUAGUAAAAGUAUAUUUAAAGAUUUUGUUAGUUUGGUUCAAGCAUGGCUAAGCAAACUUCAGCGCUCAAAAUCAUUGCGGGGUGUUUUUGCUGAGACCAACCAAAGUGAGCUGUCAGCAUUCAUAUCAUAUGCAUUGGCAUUUCCUAAUAACUUUCUUGCCCUUGUAGACACUUAUGAUGUCAUACGAAGUGGAAUCCCCAACUUCUGUGCAGUUGCAUUAGCUCUCAAUGAGUUAGGAUACAAAGUAGUUGGCAUUAGACUGGACUCUGGUGACCUUGCCUAUUUGUCUUGUCAAGCCAGGAAGAUCUUUUGGGAAUUCGCGGUGUCUGGCUUUGGGAAGACUAGUAUUACAGCUAGUAAUGAUCUUAAUGGGGAAACUUUAGAUGCUUUAAAUAAACAGAUUGAACCAGAAUCACAAACAAAACUUUUAGAUGCUACACUGAACUUGGAAGGAGUGUUGUUGGCUGAAGUUCCAGGAGCAGGAGGAUUUGAUGCUCUUUGCUGUUACUUUGAGAGAUUCAAGCAGCAAUGUGACAAAAACCUGGAGCUCACUCAAUGUUCUUGCCCUUCUGGUUAAAGAAGAUCUUUGUGGUGUUUCCUUAGAAAGUGCUGACCGUAGA